AUGAAACUAAGUAUGGAUGGUAAAACAAAAUCAUUUGAUAGUAAUCCCGCUGGAUGUUCUAAAUCGGAGUCAAUCAAUGUCCUUUUCUUGCAAAAAGCUAAAGAUGCACUAAGGGUUUAUGCAGAAGUUGUUUAUAUUAAAAGUGAGUUUACUCAACUAGAAGAAGAUGAAAACUGUCCGAAAUACGGUUUCUACAGAAAUUCUACUAUUUCGGCUGAUUUUAUAAAAAAAUUCUAUCAAGAAGCUGACGUUUCACCAGAUGUCGUGGAAUAUGUUGAAGCAGUUGGUUCAGCUGUUACUGAAGCUGAUAAAUCAGAAUUACAAUCGAUUGAUGAAGUUUUUUGCAAAAAUAGAAGUGAUCCUCUAAAAGUGGGAAGUGUCAUGUCUAACAUUGGGUAUACAGAAGCUGCUUCAGGGAUAUGCGCCAUUACUAAAGUUUCGUUGUACUUGAUAUGGGGUGUAUUUCGCAGUAUUUACAAUGCUAGUUUGUCGUUAUCUGAAGCUAAUAUAAAAUGGGAAGACAAUUGGGUGGCCAUGCUUGACAUCAUCAUGGUUAGAAAUUACAAAAAGAAAAAAGAAAAUUCUGUGAAUGAAGACGAUGCUGAAAGAGCUGUAUUAUGUGUUGUCAACAAUGGCAUGAAGCUUAAAACUGCGGCUGCUAUAUAUAACAUAAAACCAACUACUUUAUACAACAGAGUUAAAAUUUUUAAAGAGAAUAUUACUCUAAAAAUUAAAGAAUAUAGUAGCAAACACACAGUUUAUCAAGUUUUUACAAAUGAUGAGGAAUAUAUGCUGGAAAAAUGCGGUGGUAUAAUCAUGCAAAAUAUAAGAUUUCAUGAUUUGCCAACUGUCUGUAAAAAUGUUGGACUAAAAACCCUAAAAUUUAUUCCACACUUUUCUACAAACGCCAUCGAUAAAUCG